GGCGAUCGAACAGUUUGAGCUAAGACCGCUUGGAGUGAGGACGUAUUUGGCAUCGGGAGAUAAUAUAGAACUGCUGCAUCUAGUAUAGGAAGCCAGACAAGAACAGUAUUUGUUUAUAUUUCCACAUAGCCCACAUAUAAAUAAAUUAUGAAAUCAGAGACGUUGCACAAGUUUCUGGCUUUCUGUUCGCUGCUGAUUGCCUGCACAUGGAGCCAGCCAUUGAAUUCGACUCAGCAGCAAACAACUCAUCAACAACUGCCGCCAGUUCAGAGACCAGUUUUCCUAAUUAAACAUAAUAUUAGGGCGGAAGAUGCCAAAAACUACCACAUCACAAUUCCCAAGGACCCCAAAUCGGGGGAGCCCUGUCUCACGAUCACUUGGAAGACCAAUCCGGAUGGCAGUGGCCCUGCUGAACCGCAAAUCUUCAUGGGUAGUGGCUACUUUGGCAUAUUACCACCAGUAGCGAGAACACCGCAAAGACAAUAAACCAAACAUUACAAUUUA